AUGCCCAGCAUCGACUUUGCUGGCUCGUCUCCGGCCUCACCAGAACAACACUUGGAUCACGUUUUAUUUAAGUCCCACAAGUCGUUGCCUCGAAGAACCGAUAUAGCCCCGAAUAUCCAAGUCAUCCACGUGACUGCCCCCGAUCAAGAUGACAACCCUUCAAAAGGUGCUUCUCUCGUCACAGCCCCCGCUCUCCCCCUAACACCUCCGAACGUCGUUCAAGACGAGGUUUCAACUGCGCCCGAUUCCGAAGUCGCGGCUCAGAUUACGCCGUCCAAACCUUCGCAUCCCCCAACUCCCCAGACGACACCCCCGAGACUGACCCCUACAACCCAUCGCGCAGGGACGAACCCCGUCGGACAGACACCUUCCUCGUCCCGGGCGGAGUCGUUUCAAACCGCAUGCGAGAUGAUCUCCGAUGGCGAAACUGAGAUGCCCCGCCGCCCAUCUCCAUCGUUACAACGUCCGACAAAGCAAAAAACUCCGCCAAACAAUGGAUCCCUAGAACCUCCCGAGGACACAAUCGCGACCAAGGCGAACCCAAAUACAGGACAAGCAGCCGGCAUGGCAAUUCACGAACAGCAGGAGAGGAAUGCAGAAGACCCGGCUACUGUCUCUCAACGACCAAAGUAUACAAAUGACCUUCGGCCAGGCGCAUUAGAGAACACAGAGCUGUCGGACUCAGCCCGGGACGCGAAUAAGAUGGAUGGCGAUAGUUUAGACGUUCCUCAAGUGAGAGUAAGGAGACUACGGGAUCGAGUUCAAGGUUCCCCCGAUCGCAUCGUGAGUCAUCUAUCAAUGGAACGGUUCCGUGAGCAAAUUGGCUGGCCGUCGGGGGACCAUCGAGCGGACCCUGCUGAUCCCGACAAUCCUCGUCGGCUUUCGGGCGUGUCAACCUCGUCUACCAUCGAAGCCAUGAUCAUCGACUCGCCACGGCCAACCAAGAGGACCCUACGACAUUCAGAAAAGAGGGUGUCAUUGCGAUCCGCCAGCUCCCCUGUCACCAGGUCAGAGCGUUCGUCCCUCGUGUCGAAUCCAGAUUCACAACGUCGCUUAGUCCAUAAAAUCGCCCGUAUCACGGACAAUGACCGCAGGAGUGUCAUAUCGGAGAAUUCCACCUCAGAGAGUUCGACCUUGGGUGUCCCUCGGCAAAACGUGGAGGUGGUUCCUGUGGUUGUUAUACCCGAGCGGCGCUCAUCGCUUAAGUCCUCGCCAUGCACGAGUAGGAAACCGUCCAAGACCGGUUCUCGACGAUCAGGCAGACAGUCACCCACUAUGUCGGGAAGCAGACCGGGGUCACUUGACCUUCCUCGUCAGAAAAAACGAACCAUGUCGGAGUCGAGUGCUACCACGCGCCAGGAGGCAGAGUCCAGAGGUCGUAGCUUCGGUCGACCUGUUAUUCCUCCCCGCAGCUCGUCGUUAUCGGCACCCACAAGUCAGAACAACUCGCGAUCCACAUCGCUUACGUCGGAGAGUUUACGCAAUCAUAAUUUGGCCAUACAAAAUGCCCUGUCUGACCUGCCAUUGCCCACACCUAUGAAGGAUGAAUCCGGAUUGGCUCCGGAUAUAUCGAAAACGCAGUCGAUUCUGAUCGGAGUGGAGGACAUGGCUCACCUGCGCCCCCCGUCGGCGCCUUUCACCACAGUUUCGAUCCCAUCAUCAUCCCCAGGCCCCGUCGAGAUCAAUGAAGCCACAAUGGUGGCUUUCUUUCCACACAAUAACGAAUCUCUGUUGCUGGUGGAUCCGCAAAUGCAGACUGGAUCUCGGGGGCCUCGCGUUGCUUACCAGCGCAGUUUUGCGAAACCACGAACCCCCGAGGCACAGGUACUAGAUUCAGCCGAAACGGGCGAAAUGAGCUCCCCGUUGAAGAAUCCCCGUCGACCGCCAAAGCCUCCGGUUCACAAAGGGCCCCCACCGGUGUCGACGAACGGGACAGAGCGUCAGCUGCGAGAGCUACGGAAUAUCCAGGAAACCCAUGAUCGACUGGCUUCUCGGUUUGGGUCGGGCCGACGCUCUUGGACAGCACGACCGCGUUCCGAAUCUUUCAAUUCUUUUACAAGGUCUCUGUCGUUGAGAUCGGCCAAAAACCGCAAAGCUGGGAAAGAUAUCGAUGGCAAGCUCCAUCCUUUUUGGCGACCACGUCGAUUCUGGGAAGAUGCAUCCGAGGUUGACGGGGACUCCCCCCAAGGCGAAUCUCCACAGCCCAGCAGAGCAGAAACGGAGCAAGUUAUUAAUAACUCGUUGGGAAUGCCUCAACAACGCGUGGUGUUUGAAGGACCACCGAUUUCUCCCCGCAACCCAGACAUGAAACGACGUUUGCACGGGGCUACGUUGCAUGGCAGUAGAAGCGCCCUGGUGGGCAGCGGAGUGUUCACUCCUGAAGCCUUGUAUUCGCAGACCUCGCUUCACCAGCGUCAAUUUCAGUCGCUGUCCUGGUGGAGACUGCGACUCCACUUUGGCACUGCCAGUGGCCUCCGUCGGCGCCUGAGACGCAAGAUGCAGAGGCGGGCAGAGGGCAAACGAGAGGCACGACGCGAGAAGCUUAAGCAGAGCAUUGGAGAAGCUGUACUCGUGGGCUCCAGCACCCAGACACGAAGUAUGAUUCAGUGA